CUUCCUUCCUUCCUUCUCUCUCUCUCUCUCUCCUUCCUUCCUGCCUGUAUAUCUCCUCUCACAGGCAAGUUUGUGCGAAUCCCAACUGGGUUGGGCUUCAAAGGAGACUCACCUGCCACGCGCUUCCCUUUGAUUUUCUGAAGGUCCAAUUUCUACUCCGCUUUAUAGGUGAAUGGGAGCAAAAUCUUGAAGGUUGAACCCAUGGAUCAUAGAAAAACGCAUUCUCCAUCCGGAUAUGGCAAACCCCCCUGGGUAUUCAGAGGCAGCGCCCUAUACCAGCUCCAUCUUGUCAAAGCAGAGACUGCUCGAGCUUUCAUCCCCAAGGAGUUCAGAUUGGUUGAAGCUUUUGGGUACACUCUUGGUGGAUUCUUUCUCGCUAAUUAUGAUGACAGCCCUGCUGGGAAAUUUGAUGAGCUUGUGGUGAUUGCAGGCACUGUAUGGAACCCACCAACAUCUUGUGCAUGGGCUGCCAGGGUGCUGGUGAACAGUGAUGAAGCUUGCAUUCAUGGACAAAAGGAUAUUGGACUUCCAAGCCAAGUUGCAAAAUUUUCAAAGACAGUUAGAGCAAUUGCAAAGACUUCAGAAACUAAAACCAGUGGAUUCCUUAAUAUGGUUGGCAUGUUUAGUCUUGAUGGCCCUAAAAAUUCUAUGGACGUACAAGUGUCUGAAAUGAAGGGUAUGGAAGAGAUGAAUAUCUGCAACAUCAACUUUAGUGCCCCUGCCUCUGAACUGGAGUCCAGCGGGUGGAUGGGUCCACUUGUUAAACUGUCGCUUCCGAGCUUUAGUGGGCGGACCAAGUACAACCAUCACCUCCUCAAGUAUUCUUGCCAGAUUGAGUGCAGGGUGAGAGCAGUGGCACCUGCAAAAGUAUUAGGGCCUCCUCCCCCUGCUGUGGAUGUAGAUGAAGAAAGAUCUUGCAGAGAGUUGAGGAGAAAGAAAAGAAGCCUCAGCGUGUCAGUGUUGCUAUCCAAACCAAUUUUAGCGCUGCAGUUCAAUCGUCUGGAAAUGAAGGUUGAAGCCCCAACAACGGUCUGUAAACGCUAACAGAACCCUUAAAGACAUUAACAGUGUGAUGUUAGCACAUUUUUGCGGUGCUCAUUGUGUCUUUUCUGCUUAAUUUUAGUAUUAGAUUUACUAUUUGCUUUUGCUUCCUUUCCAAGUUAGUUGCUUCUUGUAUUGAUUCCACUCUCUGAAAACUAUCUUACUGAAUUAAUGUCGAGUUUCCCUCCUGAAAA